GCCAACUGCAGAUUUAAUCGAUUAGUUGUUUGACAGAAAAAUAACCAGCAACAAUUUAAAUAAUUGAUUAUUUGUAGAACUGUGAGGAUUAGCUGCUUUUCUCCGUGUUUUGGACUGUUGGUCGGCAGCUGUGACUGACUCGAAGUAUUUGGUCAAUUUUACACAUAAUAAAUAUAUUUACCAGCCCUAAAUAUUCAGCAUCCAUCUUACAAAGGACUCUUCUUAUCUUACACUUCCCCUGUCAGUGCAGCUCUAGUUUAAUUCUGUAUUUCAAAGUUCAGUAACCCAGGUUCCACUUUUUUUUCCCCACCAAGCAGAUAACAGAGGCCCUGCUAUCCCCCCCCCCCCCUCGGCCCCAAUCCCCCCUCCAGUGCAGUGUGAUUGCUGUGCUCUGUAGAGACCCCAAUUAGCAGGACUAGCAGGCCUCCUGAAGGUCACCCCCAGAGCUUUGGUGUGAGAACAGAGGAGGGCCGGACCGGUCAGGAGCAGCUCUGAGAGUGACGGGGCUGAGACUCUCAGCUGGACCCUGGAGCUCUCGACACGAUAACCAACACUUUCUUAACGGCAGUUUGCAUGUUCUCCAUUUUGCAUCGCACGGUGUUGGCAAAAAGUGUCUCUACUUUUUUUUUUUUUUUUGCUAAAGGUCAAGUGUUCUCGGCAGACCGUCGUAGUAUUCUGUGACCAUAUCUGAGAGAUCCAUUUGUCAUUAGCUCCAAAGUCCCCUACUUCAUCAGCCCGUGUCUGCUAUCUGGGGCCUGAUUGAUGGCUCUGUCCUUAUUGCGGGGGAACGAGGGUCGAUGGCAAAAAAUUUGCUACUGGGUGCAUUAAUGCUGAGCUCAAUGGCGUAGACCUUUGAGCGUGCCUCAUCAGUCUUGAAUCAUUGGACGGCCGCAGGAGAUCUGAGAUGAGCGGGCAUGAUGCAAGAAUGCAAGAGAGAGUGAGCGAUGGGGAAAAGGAGUUUUAUCUUCUGGGCUAACUCUAUUACUCAUACCGCUCUAUCUCACUGGGACAGGCCAGAGGGAAAUCUAGAUAGAGUUAACUAUUUGGGCAAAACUUAGGCAAAAUGUAGAACUAUUUAUCUCAUACGUUUGGUCACUUUGACAUCCCAAACGUAUCAAAAAUCAGUAAUUGAAUCAUCGGAAAUAGUGCCGCGGUUGUUACGUGACAUUUGGUUUGUUUGCUUUGGUAUUGUAGUGAUUGUUUUUUGGAUAUUAAACCCAGUACCUGUGUAGGAGUAAAAAGAAAUCCUGGUGCCAUGACAACACCAGUAACACACCGACUGUAGGUGCAGGCUCACAGUCAGACGGACGGACGGAGGGUCCUGCGGGCCAGAUGUUCCCUCGCAGACACAGAGGUGAGAUGUUUGCCUGGCUCACUAGCUGGCUGCCCAGUGCCCCCGAGCCAGUGUCUGCUGGGGGAAGAACUGGGGGCAGAGAGGCUCUCGCAUAUAUACGCAGGAGACGGAAGCAGAGACCACAAAUGUCUUGUCUGUCACAAAGGGCGAAAGGAGCCCGUCUCACACAACUCUGUCUCAGGUGGGGGAGAAAAAAGACAUCUUUCAUUCCUCGGCUGGUCUGUAGGUGCGAGGGGGACUCGUUUGGUCUCGCUGGAGGCCAGGCUGAAUGUCGGAGCUGCCAUGGAGGCGGCUGACCUUACCAACCUUACAGACACAGGAUGCAGACACAUCGGCUUUUAUAUGUCAUGUACACAGCAGGGUUUGGAAUCGGCAUGUAGCCAUUUGCUUUUGACUCGUGUGGCUGCAGCAGUAUAUUUUCACCAGUUUUGUGCGUUGCACCAGACCUGCAUCUCUCUUUUUCUAUGGCGUGCAUUAAAAAGCUCUUCACGGAAUUUGGAAAAUACUGCCACAGAAGCAUUACUAGUAAUUACAGAUUAAUUAGACACAGUUAAAAAUACGUGAGUAUUCAUGACAGCAUCAUUAUUAUACAUUACAGCAUCUAAAUACUUAAAAUUGAUGGUAAGUUUACAGAUGUAGACACCGCUCGCACUUUCAUUAUGUCACAAGUUACACUUACGACAUUAAUGUGUUUAAACCAACAGCAAUAAAUAAGAAGACUAAUGGUAAACAAGAUUGUGCUUUUAAUGCGGCAUAAUAAAAGGUUGAAUUGUUUGAGCGAGUCCUCCUGCAGAGCUGGACCAGGCAUGAGUCUAAUUAGGGUGUUUUCUUUCUGUGUGUGUGUGCGUGUGUGUGUGUGUGUGUGUGUGUGUGUGUGGAUUGGUACAUACGCAACUCAUAUGGGAGAGAGGCCAGUUAGUAUAAUGGCAAAGUGGAUAAAUCUCUCACAGCAGGCCUGUGUAACACUGGAAGCUGUUUUUGUGCGUUAAGCCCCUUUAGGAUGAUUUGUGAGAGUCGGCGCUCGCACAGUUAUGCCUAGCUGAGCUGCUCUGACCCCGCUCUUAAAUCAGCCGAGCUGCGCUCGCAAACAGGCCGGGGCUGGUUAAUGCCGGGUCAAUAAUAUGGGUCCGGGCGGGACAAACACACAGAGGCUUAACUUUUCUCUCCGUUAAACACAGUGUACAUGUCAAUAAGGAGACAUUGAAAUACUAGAGGAGGUCAUUAUUCCUGCAGGGGAAGUUACUGGUGUAUAUGUAGGUUUGCCUGUGUAGUAUCCUGUGCAUGCACUAUAUAUAUAUGUACAGUAUGUCGUAUAUAGACAUAUAUGUAUGUGUGUGAGAAAGAGCGAGAUUGGGGAACAGCUGCAUUGAUUUGGUUUUUGUUUGCUGAGUACUCGGAGCAGAAAUGUAAGCCGUGGGAACACCUGGAGAGGGGAAAAUGGGAGAAGAGGAGGUGGUUGUGGUGUCAGCUCUGCUACUGGCUCUUUGCCAAGUAUGCAUGCACACACACACACACACACACACGUGUGCAUCUCUGAUGUGUGAGGGUGGCCUGGGAUCCCAAUCAGCAGCACUUAACAAAGCUUUCCUCUUUCUCCCUUUAAUCGCAGGCUCAAUUUGUCACUGGGGUGUCCAAUUUCUGAUAAGCGCUUUGACUGAGAGAGGCGAGGUGGGUGUGGAGAGGAACACAAAAUGGAUGCACCUGCUAACAAAUGAAAUCAAACCACUCCAUCUUCAUUUCCCCUUUUUUCUUUCUUCCACCAGCUGGAACAAUGCUGCCGUGCUUUAGCUCUCGGCACAUUGAGUUAUUUCCCGCUAACUAGGGAAACGGCCUGGCCGACUUACAGUCACACAGUUAGGACAUGCUCGGAAGUCUUUCUUUGAAGCCGCUGAUGGGCCACCGGGCUCAUAUCUAUUUCAGACCUGACGGGAAUUAAAAGCUAGGGUAUAUGCGGUUUAUUUCAGAAGCAUUUUUUUGUUAUAUUUGUUCAAAUUCUUUGAAUCAUUUCAUUCGGCCUGCAUGAAACGAUUGGAUGGCCCGUCCACCUUCCGAACCACCGUCACCGGUGUCUUCCACGAGGCCAGGCAGACAAAAUGGUUCCAACGCUAACAUGCUAGUGAUAGCUGUGAGUGCUAACAAGCCAUGUUGGUUGUUUACCCUCAUUAUGUUCAUGCAAGGUGUUUGCUUACAUGUGAGUGAGACAUGAGGCAGCUCUCAGGUGGACUGGUCCUCCAGCAGUGGGCAGGCUGUGGGCUGCCAUGUGUUUUGGGGGCGUGGCCGGGAUGUUUUUGGUUAGUUGGAUACUUUAAAAAAAUCCAGCUUACUCUUACUGGUUUCCCCAAGGUUGCCGACUUCAGCAAAAGGCUAAUUGCAUAAUUUCCUUUUAGCCUCAGUAUGUUUUCAGAACAAAUACAUUUUGUUCAGUCGUAUUUUUUUUGUCAGAAUUACGAGGCUAUUGUCAUCUUUGUGGACAGAGCAGGACAGGUAGCUCAUAUUGGAUACAUAUAUCUUUGUGAUCAGUUCAACGCAGGCUCGUCUGUUUGUUUAGGUUUCUUCAUCCUGUCUGUUCCACGACUAAGUGAUUUAUACACCCAAGCAACUUGAAAAACCAGCUGCCUGAAGUCUGACGAUACCUAUCACUCCACAUAGCCUAAUACACACACACACACACACACACACAGACAGUAGAUCAACAUUAGUCUAGUAUCUGUAUGUCUGUGUUGUUUUAACCAUGGCAUCCUAGUCCAAACCCCGCAGUCUGGCAUCUGACACGGCAGCAUGUGACUCAGCACAUUGUUGUCUGGUGUGAUACGGGGGAUAUGUGAAGAUAACACGGAUGCGGUGGCAAUGUGCAGGAGAUGAAACGGAGCAGUGUUGCUCUCAUAUGUAUGAGCGGUGUGUCGCUGAGUUGUGUGAUCUGCUGGUUACCAGGAGGCUGAAGUUCCUCCAGAGGAUAAAAGAGUCUCUUCCACGGUGUUUACUUGCAUUCCUUGUGCCUCUCAGUGGCACAAGGCAUAUCCGAGCCAGCGCAGUGCGGCUCGAGGGAUGGCGACGCCGGUCCGUGGGUCAGUCCACCGUUGUGCUCCAAAUAUCUCAACAACAGUUGCCGAGCAAUUUUGAACAGGCGCUCAUGGACUUCAUACUCUUUGGUGAUCUGUCGCCUUUUUCAUCUAGCGACCACAAGCAGUGUGAGGAGAAGUGUGUGUCCCAUGUUGCAUUAGUGUCUCUGUGAAAUGCUGGCCUGUCUGCCAGGGCCAGGUGACCUCCCCCUCCAGCUUCUCCCCCACACGCAGAUGAACACUGGACAUCAGAAAUGGGACACCACGCAAAGGAUGAGAUCCGCUCCGUUUCCGACCCCUGCAGAAUUGGAUGCUUUUGCUAAGAAGGUUGCCAACAACCCCCUCACCAUCAAGAUCUUCCCCAACAGCGUCAAGGUACCCCAGCGGAACCACGUGCGCCGUACAGUCAACGGGCUGGAUACGUCGGGCCAGCGCUACAGCCCUUACCCUUCCUCUCAGGCCAUUGCCAAGACGGGCCUCCUCGCCAUCAUCAAGGUGCCCACAGUCAAAGGCGUCCUAAAAGAUUUUGACGGCAGCCGGGCUUGCCUGCACUCCGAAGUCAUCAUGAACGCCCCCAGCGGACCCUACCAAGUGGCCUCGACCAGCACUUUAAACCACCACCACCCACCUCUGCAGAACCUCCCCCGGCUCCAGCAGAGCGUACCCCUUCAACCACAGGACCCACCUCAGACUCUACAGAUGCCCCUCCAGCAACAGCAGGGUCACACCCAGAGCCUCAGACACCCUCCCCACAUGGCCCAGCACCCUCAGGGCCCACCCCGACUCCAGACUCUGUCUCAGCACCCGGCCCUUGGCCACCCACAGGGGCCCCCUACCGUCAUGCUUCAGCAGCAGCACCUUCAGCAGCAGCCACCACCUAGCCUGCAGGGGAGCAGAAAGCUGCCAGAUGGCGACGCACCGCCUAAUGUUACCGUCUCUACCUCAACCAUUCCCCUCUCCAUGGUCACUGGGCUGCACCAGGGCCACCAGGCUGACCUGAGCACCAUCGUGCAUCAGAUCAACCAGUUCUGUCAAGCUCGGGCCCAAGGCGCGGGAGUCACCUCCAUGUGCGAGGGCCAGAUCGCCAACCCCAGCCCAAUCAGUCGCAACCUGCUCAUCAGCGCCUGCUCCAGGGUGUCCAUGCACAGCAACCCUGCCACCCCUGGCUUUCCCCCGCCCAACUGCAUUAUCGGUGCUCAAGAGACAGCCACCGCCCCGGUGGGAGCUCACCCGCCACACGGCGGGGCUAUUAUGAACCACUUGCCUUCCAACCACACCGAUCUCAAGCAGCAGCAGCACCACCACCACCACCUGCAGCAGCAGCAUCUGCAUCAACAGCAGAAUCAGCAGCAGCAACAGCUACAACAUAACCCACAGCAGCAGAACAUGCGCUCUUGGAAUCAGCACCAGUUGGGUCACUUGCCCCACAUUCAGAACGGUGGGACCCACCUCUGCAAGCAGCCUUCCAGGGACCCCGCCUUCCAUUUUAAGGGCAUGGGCUACCCUGCAGAGGUGUGUGUGGGUCAGCCUUACACACUGAAACCUCCCGUAGAGAGGCCCACCCCCUCCCCCCCUGUUAACAACGGCAUGUCCGGCCCCAUGGCCCACUACACCAAUGGUCACUACUUCCAGUCCCACAUUUGGAACAGCAGCAUCCUACCCACACCCAACAGUGACAGCUCCGGGUCUCAGGACAUAGCCAUGCCAUUCCACGGUGCGGGCCCAGGGGGGUGCGCCACACUAGACUGUGGGCCCCCCGGGGCCCCACAUUACAGGCUAGGAACGAGCUCCUGCACCUCCUCUUCCUCAGCCCAGACUAAUCUGAUGCAAGCGGCAGAUUACUUGGGUGGGGACUUCCAGAGUCCCUACUUCCGCGAUCAGAAUCUAGCGUUGAUGGGCAAGAUGCACAGGCCUCCUCUGAGCAGGGUUGGUCCAGAGGUCGGAGAUGGCAGAACCGCUCUCAUCCAGCACCCAGGGUACAGAUAAGAGUUAUCAAAACCCCUUUGUUUAGUCUUAAGAAAGGAAACACAUGAAUACAACUAAAUUGAUAACUUCAAAACACCUUAUGUUAAAGAGGGUAAAUUAAUAUAUUUAAUGAAGAGCAGUAGGUUUUUUUUUUUUUGGUUCUUUUUAUAAAUCUUGCAAGUGAUCAAUUGCUACUUUUAUUUUGUUAAUGAGUGCUUUUACCUGGCACUUUAGGGAACUUUUUCAUGUGCGUGUGUAUACACAUCUGUACUGUGUGUGUCAUUCCCUCCUUCCUCUAUCUGUGUGCCUGGAUCCAAACAGAUCCUGUGUUAUUCCUACUUCAGAUCUAUCCGUAACAUUUUCUUAUGCAUGUAAGAAAGAGGAACAGCAGAUGGAUCCCAACAUCAUCUACUGAUGGAUGCUUUUUUUUUUUUUUUUUUUUUUUUUUUUACAGGGUCAUGUCAGGAAUUUUUGGCUCAGACUAGUAACUAGUCUGAGCCAUUUUCAUGUUGGUGUUAACUCUCCAACCUCGUAGUAACUUCAAGAUUAAACAGUCAUUUGGGGACAGAAGAGAGUAAUAAUCGUAUCUCAGUGCAAAGCCACCAGACACUGGAGACUAGAGUACUGUUAGAAAAUCUUGCGGUAUGCACAUGGUUUUAUUCUUUUGAAAUGUAAUUAUUUAUUUGUAUCAUAGGACUAUUCAAGAGUGAUUCCUCUCUGUCAGUUAAGGGAGCAUGUAAUCAGGUUGUUUUGUACAUAGUCAUGAUCCAGCAGGGAGCAAGUAUGUUGUAAAGGCGAUGAUGCUCUGUCCUGCUGAAAAUGCUGCAAUGAAUUCAGGUGUUUUAAAAAAAAAACAAACAAACCUUUUUGUCAAUGCCAGGAAGGUUUGGCAAAAAGCUUGUGAAAUGAUUAGUGCAGAAGAAGUCACGGAAGAUCAGCUCUCAGACUUUAAAAUGGCCAAAGUCAUGUUAACGAGGACACACUGUUAUGAAGAUGUGCCAUUUCGUGUUUGUUUCCUUUUUCCGAUCGUUUUUUUGUAACCAUGACAAAUGUAUUACUUGAAUGUUGAGAUGAUUUGUUUUGCAGUUAUUGAGGGGGAAAGGUGGGUUACGAGGACAAAACUCCAGGGUCGAAGAAAUGAUGACGACUGGAACAACGAGCCUCGACAAGAGUUUUGACCCUAACAGCAGGAACCUAAGUGAAUUUAAGUUAUGUGUAGUUGCUACUGAUUCUGAUGUGAAGUCUGCUUGAAAAGACCAAAUUGAUCACUUGCAAGAUCACUUGGAAGUGAACAAAACUGACUUUUAAGUUUAAAGUGAAACAGCAAAUGCAUUGUUUAUUUUAUUGUACACUGGCUUACCUACUCGUAACUUUAAACGUUCACGAUUGUGUGUGUGUGUGUGUGUGAGUGUUGCCUGCUGAAGUGGGUAGAUUUAACGGUGUGUGUGUGUGUGUGUGUGUGUGUGUGUGUGUGUGUGUGUGUGUGUGUGUGUGUGUGUGUGUGUGUGUGUGUGUGUGUGUGUGUGUGAGAGAGAGAGAGAGAGAUAGUGCGCGUGUGUAUAAACACAAUGGCGCUCAUGUUUUGUUCACCUAACUCCCCAACAGCCCUUAAAAAGCCUUAAGUGUUUGGUCCUUGGACUUCCCUUGAAAAAGAGCAUGGUUUUAAUGAAAACCCCAAAUAAUAAGGAGAAAGCGGAUGGUGAGUAUACGCAGAAACAGCAAUUAUUAUUAUUUUAGUUUCUCUUUAUUUUAUUUUAUUGAGGUUUUGUUGAAUAGACAGAGCAAUUCCUUAGGGAUUCUUUAUAAUGGAAAGCAAGAAAAGGAGUAAUAUUUUGUAAUUAUAUAUUUUAGCAAUGUGUAGUUACUGAGCUUUAACUUCUUUUUUCCCCCCCAGUUUCAAAGCUUCAGUUUGCAGUUGUGACUAUUUAUAAUACUUGAUUUGCUUGUUAUUUAAUUUUCAUUUCCUUCUUUGUUUCUUGUUGCUGUGAAAUGGAAGAAGGUCCACAAGCCUUUCUUUUGUGUCAUUCUGUACGACAGAUAAGAGGCAAGAGCGUGAGAGUUGUGCUACUCUUUUUGUAAUAUUGUAAUAAUAAAAUAAAGUUCUAAUUUAUGCUUUGAAAUGAGUCUGACCCGUUUGUGUGGAUUAUCUGCAACACUGAUUUAAACUGACGCCGACUACAGGUGUGCUCUUUUUCUCCUGCCCCCUUCAUUCUGCACGAGCUCAUGCUGUCUGACAGUUCGGGUAGGUUGCUAUUCACAGAUUUGUGUCUUGCAUAAACAGCCUUACAGCGGUCCAAAAGGCCCGCCUUAAACCACAUGUAAUUUGUAACCGAGACAGCUAGUGCUGAAGGUGGCGAUUGUUGCACCAAUUGCGGUGCUUUCAUGCCAUUUAUCAGAGCCUGCCUCUGCCAAAUGGAAAAGGGAAGUAGGGUAGACAAAGCAAGCUGUGAAAUCCACAGGACUAUCUGGCUGCAGUAGAUUUAGCUUGUCUGGCUGUGAUGAAAAUGGGACUUGUAUAAAGGGCACGCGGCG